GUAUCGAAACAAAAAGUCUGAAAUUUCUGAAACCGCCAUAUUGUCGGUAACGCUGAGCUCCCUCUUUCUUUUUGACCACGUUCUGUGAGAUACGUACAAAAUAAAUAUGAGUUUAAACAUUUCCAAAAAACGCAAGUUCGUUGCCGAUGGCAUGUUCAAGGCUGAACUUAACGAGUUCCUCACUCGUGAACUCGCAGAAGAUGGUUACUCCGGCGUGGAAGUCCGUGUCACUCCCUCCCGCACCGAAAUCAUCAUCAUGGCCACCAAAACCCAACAGGUCUUGGGCGAGAAGGGUCGUCGCAUCCGCGAAUUGACCGCCAUGGUCCAGAAACGUUUCAACUUCGAUGCCGGUCGCAUUGAACUCUACGCCGAGAAGGUCGCCACUCGUGGUUUGUGUGCCAUCGCUCAAGCCGAAUCCCUUCGUUACAAAUUGACCGGAGGAUUGGCUGUGCGUCGUGCCUGCUACGGUGUGCUCCGUUUCAUUAUGGAAUCGGGUGCUAAGGGUUGCGAAGUUGUUGUAUCUGGCAAAUUGCGUGGUCAACGUGCAAAGUCGAUGAAGUUCGUCGAUGGUUUGAUGAUCCAUUCCGGAGAUCCAUGCAAUGAUUAUGUUGAGACUGCAACUCGUCAUGUUUUGUUGCGUCAAGGAGUUUUGGGUAUCAAGGUUAAGAUUAUGUUGCCUUAUGAUCCCAAGAACAAGAUUGGCCCCAAGAAGCCAUUGCCAGACAAUGUGUCUGUUGUUGAGCCUAAAGAGGAGAAGAUCUACGAGACCCCAGAGACGGAGUACAAAAUUCCACCACCAACCAAGCCUUUGGAGGAGGUUGCUGAGGCACCAAAGGUCAUCUAAAAUGGGAGGAGUACGAGGUCUGAGGAGUCUUUAAUUUUUAUUCAGAAAAUAAAAUUUAUAUAAAAACUCAACAA